AUGGAGCAAAGCUUUGGUGAGCAAGGCCACGGUGAGCGCAAGGCAGAGCAAGGCUAUGGUGAGCAAGGCUACGGUGAGCGCAAGGCAGAGCAAGGCUAUGGUGAGCAAGGCAUUGGUGAGCACAAGGCAGAGCAAGGCUAUGGUGAGCUGCGCUCAGAGCAAGGCCAUGGUGAGCAAAAGGCAGGGCAAGGCCAUGGUGAGCAAGGCUAUGGUGAGCGCAAGACAGAGGAAGGCUAUGGUGAGCAGAAGGAAGGUGGUGGGUUCAUGGACAAGGUGAAGGGCAAGAUCCAUGGAAAGGGUGGUCAAGAGUAGAAAGGCGAGGAGAAGGAGAAGAACAUCGAUCACUGUGGUAAGUUUUAUAUGUUAAUGCAGGGACGGAUCUAUAAUUUAGGUUUUAAGGUUUUAUUCAUUUUGGAAAUUGUUUAAAUGUUAUAUUUAUAUUUUAAAAGUUUUAUAAUCUAAUCGUGCCAAAAUGCAAUAUUACGUUUUGACAUGAAUGGAUAGACUUUUGACAUCAAAUAACUUUUUUUGUGUGGCUUGUCUUGUAGGUUGAUGGAUUAUUGGUGAAGUGCUGAUCUGCUUGUGGGUGUGAAGAAUAAUGAAAAAAAAGA